UACUUCACCACGCUGUGCGUACUUCACCACGCUGUGCGUACUUCACUACGUUGUGCGUACUUUACUACGUUGUGCGUACUUCACUACGUUGUGCGUACUUCCCUACGUUAUGCGUACUUCCCUACGUUGUGCGUACUUUACUACGUUGUGCGUACUUCCCUAUGUUGUGCGUACUUCACUACGUUGUGCGUACUUUACUACAUUGUGCGUGUGUGUGUAUGUGUGUGUGCGCUAGUGUGUGAACCUGGACAAACUGGAGCCGGUCUCCAGCGAGGAGGGACUGGUCAACCAGUCCAUGGUGCUGCUGGAGGACAGGAAGUUCUGGGCUGGGAUUGUGUUCCCGGACAUCGAUCCAAAUGCAACUGAGCUGCCGGCUAAACUCAACUACAAGAUCCGCAUGGACAUCGACAACGUGGAGAGGACCAAUAAGAUCAAAGACGCGUACUGGGACCCGGGUCCUCGUGCAGACCCCUUUGAGGACAUGCGGUACAUCUGGGGCGGGUUCUCGUACCUGCAGGACGUUAUUGAGCAAGGCAUCAUCAGAGCAGUGACGGGCACCAAGGAGAAGACGGGCGUCUACAUCCAGCAGAUGCCAUAUCCAUGCUACGUGGACGACAUCUUCCUGCGGGUGAUGAGCCGCUCCAUGCCUCUCUUCAUGACUCUGGCAUGGAUGUACUCUGUGGCGAUCAUCCUGAAGAGCGUCGUGUAUGAGAAGGAGGCUCGUCUGAAGGAGACCAUGAGGAUCAUGGGACUGAACAACGGCAUCUUGUGGUUCAGCUGGUUCAUCAGCAGCCUGAUUCCUCUGCUGGUCAGCGCCGGCCUGCUGGUGCUGCUGCUGAAGAAGGGGAACCUGCUGCCCUACAGCGACCCCGCCGUGGUCUUCCUCUUCCUGGGGUCCUUCGCCGUGGUGACCAUCAUGCAGUGCUUCCUCCUCAGCACGGCGUUUGCCCGUGCUAACCUGGCCGCCGCCUGCGGAGGAAUCAUCUACUUCACCCUCUACCUGCCCUACGUGCUCUGCGUGGCCUGGCAGGACUACAUCGGCUUCGGAGCCAAAGUCUUCGCCAGCCUCCUGUCCCCCGUGGCGUUCGGGUUCGGCUGCGAGUACUUCGCCCUGUUCGAGGAGCAAGGAGUUGGCAUCCAGUGGAAGAACCUGGUGUCCAGUCCUCUGGAGGAGGACGACUUCAGCCUCCGCACCGCCAUCAUCCUCAUGUACGUCGACUCCUUCCUGUACGGAGUACUCACCUGGUACAUCGAGGCCGUGUUUCCAGGUCAGUAUGGGAUCCCUCGACCCUGGUACUUCCCCUUCACUAAGGGCUACUGGUUUGGACAGAAAGACGGGAAGUCCAACAAAGUCCCGCUGAGCCGGAAGGAAAACCCAGAAGCUGUGUGUAUAGAGGAGGAGCCGGCUCACCUGGAGCCAGGAGUCUACAUCGAGAACCUGGUGAAGGUCUACCGUCACGGGAAGAAGCUGGCAGUGGACGGACUGACGCUCGGCUUCUACGAGGGACAAAUCACCUCAUUCCUGGGACACAAUGGAGCUGGGAAAACCACCACCAUGUCCAUCCUGACCGGUCUGUUCCCUCCAACCUCCGGUACCGCCUACAUCCUGGGCAAAGACAUCCGGACUGAGCUGAGUGCCAUCAGACAGAGUCUGGGAGUCUGUCCUCAACAUAAUGUCCUCUUCAGCAUGCUGACGGUGGAGGAGCACAUCUGGUUCUACGGCCGGCUCAAAGGCCUGUUAGAGCAGCAGGUGAAGGGUGAGAUUGAGCAGAUCCUGCAAGACACAGGGCUGCCACACAAACGUAACUCCAGGGCCAGUACGCUGUCCGGCGGCAUGCAAAGGAAGCUGUCUGUGGCACUGGCCUUCGUCGGGGGGUCGAAGGUUGUGAUCCUGGACGAGCCCACGGCCGGUGUUGACCCUUUCGCCCGCAGAGGGAUCUGGGAUCUGCUGCUAAAGUACAGACAGGGUCGGACCAUCAUCCUGUCCACGCACCACAUGGACGAGGCCGAUAUCCUGGGCGACCGGAUCGCCAUCAUCUCCCACGGGAAGCUGUGCUGCGUGGGCUCGUCUCUGUACCUGAAGAACCAGCUGGGGACGGGCUAUUACCUAACGCUGGUGAAGAAGGAACCAGAGCCGUCGCUGAGCUCCUGCAGGAACUCCUCCAGCACCGUGUCCUUCACCAAGAAGGAGGAGGAGUGUGCCUCGGUCAGCAGCAGUGACGCCGGACUCGGCAGCGAACAUGAAAGUGAGGCCGCUACCAUCGAAAACGGGCCGGCGGCGUCCAUUUGCAACGUCCCCUUCGUGCCCCCCGACGUGUCCCUGGUCUCGGGUCUGAUCCUGUGUCACGUCCCCGCCGCCCGCCUGGUGGAGGACCUUGGCCACGAGCUGACCUACGUCCUGCCCUACAGCGCUGCCAAGGACGGGGCCUUCGUGGAGCUCUUCAAAGACCUGGACCUCAAGCUGACCGACCUCGGUAUCUCCAGCUACGGAGUGUCCGACACCACGCUGGAGGAGAUUUUCCUGAAAGUGGCUGAAGAUAACGGAGUCGACACUGAAGUGCCCUCAGAUGGUACACUUCCUGUCUGGAGGCGGAGGAGGACUCACGCCUUCGGUGGAGGAGACCAUCAGAGCUGUCUGAGACCUUUAACAGAGGACGACUGCAACGAGUCUGACGGAGAUCCAGAGUGCCGGGAGACGGACUGGUUGAACUGUACCGAUGGUAAAGGGUCGUAUGAGGUGAAAGGUUGGAGUCUGAAGAGGCAGCAGUUUGUAGCUCUGAUGUGGAAACGAUUUCUGUUUGCUCGACGCUCCAGGAAGGGCUUCUUCGCUCAGAUUGUUCUUCCUGCUGUGUUCGUGUGCAUCGCUCUGGUCUUCAGUCUAAUCGUACCUCCUUUUGGAAAAUAUCCCAGUCUGGAGCUGCAGCCCUGGAUGUAUGAAGACCAGGUCACCUUCAUCAGUGAUGACGCUCCCGGAGACGGCAACAUGCAGAAGUUGUUAGGCGCUCUGCUGGACGCUCCGGGCUUCGGGACUCGCUGCAUGGAUGGACAUCCCAUCCCAGAGGCUCCCUGUACGAUGGGCGAUGAAGACUGGCAGAUUCCUGAUGUCCCUGAAAGCCUCCAGCAGCUGUUCAGUUCCACAAACUGGACCAUGGAGGAUCCGUCUCCGGCCUGUUUCUGCAGCUGUGACAGCAAGAAGAAGAUGCUGCCGGACUGUCCUGCGGGAGCUGGAGGACUGCCCCCACCUGAGAUGAAGCUGAGCGCCAAUGACACUCUGCAGAACCUGACAGGAAGAAACAUCUCCGACUACCUGGUGAAAACAUACGCUCAGAUCAUCGGCAAGAGUCUGAAGAACAAAGUUUGGGUGAACGAGUUCAGGUACGGAGGCUUCUCAUUGGGCGCCAGGAGCACUCAGGUCCUCCCACCGGCCAAUGAGAUCGACGAUGCCAUCGAACGAGUCAGAAAGAUCUUUGAGCUACAGAAGGGAGCGGCAGCAGAUCGAUUCCUCGACAGUCUGUCAGGCUUCAUCAACGGUUUGGACACAAAGAACAACGUGAAGAUCUGGUUCAACAACAAAGGCUGGCACAGCAUCGGAGCCUUCAUCAACGUGAUGAACAAUGGCAUCCUGAGGGCAAACCUGCCUGAAGGGACAGACCCCAACCUGUACGGCAUCAGGGCCUUCAACCACCCUCUGAACCUCACCAAGGAGCAGCUCUCACAGGUGGCUCUGGUAACGACUUCUGUGGACGUCCUGGUGUCCAUCUGUGUGAUAUUCGCCAUGUCCUUCGUCCCGGCCAGCUUCGUGGUCUUCCUCAUCCAGGAGCGAGUCAGUAAAGCCAAACACAUGCAGUUCAUCAGUGGAGUGCAGCCGCUGCUCUACUGGGUGGCCAACUUCAUCUGGGACAUGUGUAACUACGUCGUCCCGGCAACGCUGGUCGUCAUCAUCUUCAUCUGUUUCCAACAACAAGCCUACGUCUCCUCUACCAACCUGCCGGUGCUCGCUCUCCUGCUGCUGCUCUACGGGUCAGAGUACUGAUACAGAGUACUGAUACAGAGUACUGAUACA